GGCAGGAUUAGUCGCGAGCAGCAGAGACAGCGCGCUCCGGUAAUCUCCCGGUAAAUGGUGGGAGACGCGCACGUUCGGAACUGCCAUUGCCUGACCGACACCGGGGCCCCCUCCUCCUCCUCCUCCUCUGCCUCCUCCUCCUGCUCCCUCGGAGACCCCUGAGAUGACCCGGGCACUUGGGGCAUGAUGGGCCGCCUGGUGCCGACGCGCCCCGGGCAGGUAACAGCCGCCUCACCUGCACAGCGGGGGGCACCGGAGCUCCUCAGCGGACACUUUGCUGAGCGCCAGGCUACUUGGACCAUGGGGGAGAGCAGCCCGGCACAGUGACUCCCGGCAGCCCGAGAAACCCACAGCCACGACUGUCACACACUGCGGACACCGAUCUUCAGCCAUGACCCGUUAGGUUCCUGCCGGAGGGAGGAUUGACCAUCUCCUGACACCGCGGGAGACGAGCAGAGGCCUUUCUUCGGUUGUGUCAGUCUGCAGAUGGACCGAGUGCCCCCGGCACUGGCCGCUAAGAUGCGCUGGAUCAUGCUGGUGCUCGCCGGCUUGACUUUCUGGGGCAAAGUGACGAUUUGUAACUGUUUCGACUACGAGGAGCCAGAAUACGACUAUUACGAGGAGGAGAGAGCGGAGACCAUUGACUACAAGGACCCGUGUAAAGCCGCUGUUUUCUGGGGCGACAUCGCUCUGGACGAGGAGGACCUGCGAAUGUUCCAGAUCGACAGGACGAUAGACCUCACGCAGCACACACACAUGCACACACACUCCCGGCAGGGCCACACGUCUGGCGGCCUAGAGGAACAUGAAAUCGCAAAGAAGAGAGGGUCGUUAUACCUGCUGCUGGACAGAAUACGUAGAUUUGGUUUCGAUUAUCUCCCCAAGAACGUCAGCAAGGGAGCUGCCGGUCCCAAGAGCCAAACUGGGAAAGGUGGGAGGACUGGGAGCGCGGUGAAGAGCCGGAUCCCUCGAGCGGCCACGUCUCGAGCGGAGAGGAUAUGGCCCGGAGGAGUCAUCCCCUACGUCAUAGGAGGAAACUUCACUGGCAGCCAGAGGGCCAUGUUCAAACAGGCCAUGCGUCACUGGGAGAAACAGACGUGCGUAACUUUCAUUGAGAAGACAGAUGAGGAAAGCUACAUCGUGUUCACCUACAGACCCUGUGGGUGUUGUUCCUAUGUGGGUCGUCGUGGCAACGGGCCCCAGGCUAUCUCCAUAGGCAAGAACUGUGACAAGUUUGGCAUCGUGGUGCACGAGCUGGGCCACGUCAUCGGCUUCUGGCACGAGCACACGCGGCCCGACCGCGACGAUCACGUGACCAUCAUCCGGGACAACAUCCAACCAGGCCAAGAGUAUAACUUCCUCAAGAUGGAGCCAGGGGAGGUGAACUCCCUCGGGGAGCCAUAUGAUUUUGAUAGCAUCAUGCACUACGCUCGGAACACCUUCUCACGGGGGAUGUUCCUCGACACCAUCCUCCCGUCCAGAGAUGAAAACGGCGUCCGGCCUGCUAUCGGCCAGCGGACCAGGCUCAGUAAAGGAGACAUUGCACAGGCAAGGAAGCUGUAUAGAUGUCCAGCAUGCGGGGAAACGCUUCAAGAGUCAACGGGCAACUUCUCGUCUCCUGGUUACCCAAACGGAUACCCUUCAUACACGCACUGUGUGUGGAGAAUAUCUGUUACACCUGGAGAAAAGAUCGUUCUGAACUUUACCACCAUGGACCUGUAUAAGAGCAGCCUGUGCUGGUAUGACUACAUCGAGGUCCGGGACGGAUACUGGAGGAAAGCUCCGCUGCUCGGCAGGUUCUGUGGAGAUAAAGUUCCUGACGUCUUGAUUUCCACCGACAGCAGAAUGUGGAUUGAGUUCCGCAGCAGCAGCAACUGGGUGGGAAAGGGCUUUGCUGCCGUUUAUGAAGCGAUCUGUGGGGGGGAGAUCACCAAGGACUCGGGACAGAUUCAGUCGCCCAACUACCCCGAUGACUACAGACCGUCCAAAGAGUGUGUGUGGAGGAUCACUGUGGCCGAGGGCUACAACGUCGGGCUCAGCUUCCAGGCCUUCGAGAUCGAGAGGCACGACAGCUGCGCGUACGACUACCUGGAGGUUCGGGACGGCCCCCUGGAGACCAGCCCCCUGAUAGGUCGCUUCUGCGGCUACGACAAACCCGAGGACGUGCGCUCCACGUCCCACACGCUCUGGAUGAAGUUCGUCUCAGACGGGACGGUCAAUAAGGCCGGCUUUGCUGCUAACUUUUUCAAAGAGGAGGAUGAGUGUUCCAAGCCAGACAAUGGCGGUUGUGAACAGAGGUGUGUAAACACUCUCGGCAGCUUCAAGUGCGCCUGUGACCCCGGCUAUGAACUGGCUCCUGACAAGAAGAGCUGUGAAGCGGCGUGUGGCGGCCUUCUCUCGAAGCUCAACGGCACCAUCAGCACCCCCGGUUGGCCUAAGGAGUAUCCACCCAACAAGAACUGCGUGUGGCAGGUGAUCGCUCCCAACCAGUACCGCAUCUCCAUGCAGUUUGAGGCCUUCGAGCUGGAGGGAAACGAGGUGUGUAAAUACGACUACGUGGAGGUGCGGAGCGGCCUCUCCUCCGACUCGAAGCUGCACGGGAAAUACUGCGGCACCGAGGUCCCCGAGGUCAUCACCUCUCAAUACAACAACAUGCGGAUUGAGUUCAAGUCGGACAACACGGUGUCCAAGAAAGGAUUCAAGGCCCACUUCUUCUCAGACAAGGAUGAGUGCAGCAAGGACAACGGCGGCUGCCAGCACGAGUGCAUCAACACAGUGGGCUCGUACGUUUGUCAGUGUCGCCACGGCUUUGUGCUGCAUGAGAACAAACAUGACUGUAAGGAAGCUGAGUGUGAGCAUAAGAUCCACAGCCCCAGUGGGACCCUGAGCAGCCCCAACUGGCCAGACAAGUAUCCCAGCCGCAAGGAGUGCACCUGGGACAUCACGGCCACGCCGGGCCACCGAGUCAAGAUCAGCUUCAGUGAGUUCGAGAUCGAGCAGCAUCAGGAGUGUGCGUACGACCACCUGGAGGCCUUCGACGGGGACACCGACACGGCCGCCAUCUUGGGCCGGCUGUGCGGCAGCAAGGUCCCGGAGCCGCUGGUCUCCACCGGGAACAAGAUGUACCUGCGCUUCAUCUCUGACGCCUCAGUGCAACGCAAGGGCUUCCAAGCUACACACUCCACAGAGUGCGGAGGUCGUCUGAAAGCAGACGCCCGUCAGAAGAACCUCUACUCCCACUCCCAGUUCGGAGACAACAAUUACCCCGGUCACACCGACUGCGAGUGGCUGCUGACGGCAGAGCAGGGCUACGGCAUCGAGCUCAGCUUCAUCACCUUCGAGGUAGAGGAGGAGGCCGACUGUGGGUAUGACUACAUCGAGCUGUACAACGGGUACGACGCCAACUCCCAUCGACUCGGACGCUUCUGUGGCUCAGGGCCCAGGGAGGGGAUUUACUCGCCCGGGGACGCCAUGCUGAUCCGUUUCCACAGCGACGACACCAUCAGCAAGAAGGGCUUCCACAUCCGCUACACCAGCACCAAGUUCCAGGAGAGCCUCCACACCAGGAAGUGAUGUCACACGGGGCCCGUGACCUCCUCUGACCUCUGCGCAGCCCCGCCACUGUUACCCUGACCUUCGCCAUGGCAACGAGAAAAGUACAGCCUGUCCCCCCCUCUCUUCCGUGGACGUUUUUUUUUUUUUGUGGAGACGUGGACGUUUUGUGGGGAAGAAAAACAAUACUUCCAUGAACGUGUGUUUCCACCCGGGGGUGCGCGGCAGGUCAUCGCAACAGGAAAACGCAAAACGAUGAUCAAUACGAGUUUCUCCAAAUGGGGGGGAAAUGUGCUUUUCACGACUGCACAUCAGGCGAACCUUUGUUCAGAGGGUCGCAGACAAUCAGUUUGCUGAGAUUCUCUUUGCACAACAGGAGACUACAAACACACACACACACACACACACACGCACACACACUAGAUCCAUAUUCAGAGGUUUGAACUGCGGAUGCUGAACCUGGAGUCUCCUCCGGCUCCUCGAUCCUUGAACUGUGCGACGUACUGUGAUCAGACUCAUCAGCCUCAGUGACGGAAAAACAGAUGUUUUUAUUUUUUUGCCUUGGGAACUGGUCUCGUCGAACCCAGCUCAAAAAAUGGCUGCAGAUGAUUUUACGUCAUGUCUUAUUGUAUAAGCCUACUGUGUUUACUGUAUGUGUGUGUGUGUGUCUGUGUGUGUGUGUGUGUCUGUGUGUGUGUGUGCAGAGAAAAGAACAAACAAAAAAGGCCGGGGUCCAUCCUUUGCCCUUUUUAUGCUUAAAGCUUAAAAAAAAACCCCAGACGACCGUCGUGCAACGGAAAAGAAACAAAAGAUUAAAAAACUGUAAAUGGAGACUUUCUAAGUGAUCUGUGAUGUUAACGGUGAGCCUUGCUUUGUGUCGUGUGUCCUGCUUUUUUUGAUUUUUCAUGGAUGUUUUUCAUGGAUGUUUCCCUCGUCGACCCCAGUAACCAUACGAUUCUUAGUUUUUCAAGUGGAUAUAUCGGAAAGGGAAUAUUUUUUCUCAGCUGUCUGACAGGAGUCUGAUGGAAGAAGAGAUUCCCGUGGUGCUAAAAUAAUACAAAAAAACACACUGACUGACUGAAUGAAGGCUUUCCAAUGGAGACGGCCACUGCACUGCACCAACAGCACUAGUCCUGUGGAACUACAACUUUGCCUUAGAACCAAACGUCUGCUGGCCGAGGCCGUGCUGCGUCAGCGGAGACUUUUCUCCAGGUUGUUCGGCAGCGUGUUUCAUUUGUGUGAAGAUCUUGAAUGGUUUCAUCGUGACAAAUACAAAAAUAAAAAAAGAGAAAUACAUGGGAAGUGUAGUGUGUGAGAUAGUGUGUUUUAACGGUGCAUGUGUGUUCAUGUCAUUUUUUUGUAGCUAAUUUCAGACACACACACACACACACGUUGCUUACAUGCACACAAAUACACAAAAGUCAUUUUUUUUCUUUGUGCAUUUCCCACCUGGUAUCUGAACGCACACUUCUCCCCUGUGUAAGCAAAAGUGUUGUAAAGUUAAAGGAGUGUCAGAUGCAUCGUCUCUGUGUUGACUUCAUUAUGUGUAAGUGUGUGUUGUAGGAGAUCGUAGAGAAACAAUGUGUGAAUGUGUGUGUGUGUGUAUGUGUGUGUGUGAGUUUGUGUGUGUGUGUAAGCUGCAUGUUAAUAAGUUGACUCAUUCACUGCUGUACGUGCCAAGCUCCAGGUGACCCCUGACCCACUGUAGUUUUCUGUUUCAUCAUUCCACCUCUGUGUCUGUAGCUCAGAGACGCUGAGCAGACGUCCUCUGCAUCAGUCAAUAAAAUACACACAGGUAAAAAAA